AUGGAUUCAGACGAUUCAGAUAAUUACGAUCAAGAAUUUUGGGAGUUGGUUGAAGAAGAAUUUAUGGACGACAGUGAUGAAGAACAAGAGGUUCAAAAUGAACUUCAAUCUGGAAGUUCCUCUAGGCCAAAGAGAAGAACAACGAUAGAUCGAGGUCGUGAAGAAGGGCAUAAUCGAUUGUUCAAUGACUACUUCUCAGAAAAUCCAGUAUAUACAGAUGUUCAAUUCCGAAGAAGGUUCAGAAUGCAUAGGCAUGUAUUUCUUCGAAUUGUAGAUGCCCUUGAAAAUCAUGAUGAAUAUUUCCAAAUGAGGGUCGAUGCAACUGGUAAAAUGGGUCUUUCACCAUUGCAAAAAUGUACAUCUGCUAUUCGUAUGUUGGCGUAUGGGUCUACUGCUGACAUUGUAGACGAAUAUGUUCGAAUCGGUGAAAGCACUUCAAUUGAGUGCUUACAAAGAUUCGUUCAGGGCGUGAAUGCUGUAUUUGGGGCUGAGUAUUUGAGAAAGCCUAACAACACUGAUGUUGAACAUCUUUUACAAAUGGGAGAGUCACGUGGCUUUCCAUGUAUGUUGGGUUCCAUUGAUUGUAUCCAUUGGGAAUGGAAAAAUUGUCCUGUUGCAUGGAAAGGACAGUUUUGUCGAGGUGAUCAUGGUAAGCCCACAAUCAUGCUUGAAGCAGUGGCAUCACAAGACUUAUGGAUUUGGCAUGCUUUUUUUGGUAUUGCAGGUUCAAACGAUGACAUUAAUGUGCUAAACCAAUCCAACGUGUUUAACGAUAUUUUGGAAGGACAUGCUUCCAAUGUGCAAUAUACAAUCAAUGGGACACCAUAUAACAUGGGGUAUUAUUUAGCAGAUGGUAUAUAUCCCAAGUGGGCUACAUUUGUCAAGACCAUUUCAAUGCCACAGGGAGAAAAGAAAAAGUUAUUUGCUCAACAUCAAGAAUCAUCUAGAAAAGAUGUGGAGCGGGCAUUUGGAGUGCUUCAAUAUCGAUUUGCAAUUAUACGUGGCCCAGCACGUGCCUGA